AUGCCCAUGAUUGUCGGGGUCGGAGCAGCUGUUACAACCUUGCUGGUCUUGAGAGCCCUUCGGCGACGUUUGUCCCCGGUUGUCACCUCCAAGUUGGCGUGCCGCUGCGGGAAGAUUCAGGGCGAAAUCUCGGCUAUUCGCCAGGACUCCAUCCGCAUUCACUGCUACUGUGGCGAUUGCCGGGAGUAUGCAAAAUUCAUUGCAUCCUUGGGGGAGCAAGGAGACACGACCAUCGGAGAGUACGGAGACAGUCGGCUGGUACAGGUCUGCAAAAGCGCCCUGAAGAUAACACAAGGACACGAACUCAUCAAACUGGCAAGAAAGGCGGCCAAACCAGAUGGCAAAGGACAGCUGAUCAUGCAUCGGUACUAUGCGAGUUGCUGCAGUGUGCCGCUCUACAACACCGUGGACUUCUUGGGCUUCGUGGGUGUCUUCACGGAUUUCUUGGACGAGCAUUGUAUGGAGUAUGCAGGCCCUAUACGCAUGUUUCCGGAGGAAGCCUUAGGUGCGCCACCCAACCCAGAAGCAGAUGUGUCUUUUCCAGACCUCUUCUGGAAGCAGCUUCGUUAUCUUUGGUGGCGUAAAUGCGGCCCAUUUGACUACACGCAGGAGCCUGUGUACUGGGCAAGCGCUUCCGACACGAAGAAGGACGAUUGA